AUGCUCUUGCCCAAGCAAAACAAGUUUAGAGGGGAUGUGCAGGCAAAUCAGAUGCUCCGGGAAAGCAACAAUCAUACUGGGGACAAGAAGAGGAAUGAUAGGGAUAACCAUAUGGAGGAGCAAAUAAGGACCAGCAAAGCUGCAAAGAGGAUCAAUGAUCCAGAGGAGAAUUGUGCCAAUGAGAUGCUUGAUGAAUUGAUGCUGCGUGCCUACGAGACAUGCAUCAAGGGCAUGGAGGAGCUGCGUGUCUCCAUGGACAACAAGAUGGAGAAGGAAAACAGGAAGAGAUUUAACAAAGCGGUAAAGGACAAUGUGGUGGACAUACGCACAUUGCUGAUCUCUUGUGCGCAAGCAAUGGCAACAAAUAACCAUAUGGGGGCAUGUGAGCUAUUGAAGAAAAUCAAGAAACAUGCAUCGGCAACAGGGGAUGUCACGCAACGGGUAGCUCAGUGUUUCACCAAGGGGCUAGAGGCACGGCUAGUGGGCACAGGUAGCCAGCUUUGGCAGUUGCUCAUGGCAGAGCGUCUCUCUAUCGUGGAGUUCCUCAAGGCCUACAGACUUUACUUCGCAGCCUGCUGCUUCAACAAGGUGGCGCUCAGUUUUUCAACGAUGACAAUCUUUCAUGCCAUGGUGGGUAAGAGGAAGCUACAUGUUGUGGAUUACGGUAUGCAUUUUGGCUUCCAAUGGGCUGGCUUGCUCCGCUUACUGGCGAGUAGAGAAGGUGACCUACCAGAGGUGAGGAUCACCGCCAUAGGCCCCCCCAGGCUCAAGUCCUGUCCAGCAGAGCGGAUUGAGGAGCUAGGGUGCCGGCUCAGCAAAUAUGCUCAUGAGUUCGGCUUGGCUUCUUUCAAGUUCCACACAAUCAUGAAAAAGUGGGAGGAUGUUCGCAUUGAAGACUUGAACACCGACGCAGAUGAGGUGCUUGUCGUGAAUGACCUCUUCAGUUUCAACACCUUGAUGGACGAGAGUGUAUUCUUCGACAGACAAAGCCCUAGGGAUACCGUCCUUAAUAAUAUCAAUAAGAUGAGGCCGGACGUGUUCAUCCAGAGCGUUUUGAAUUGUUCAUGUGGUUCUUCAUUCCUGACAAGGUUUCGAGAGGUGAUGUCCUAUUACAUCGCAAUAUUUGACAUGCUAGAUGCAACCACGCCAAGGGAGAGCGAAUCUCGAGUGGUGCUGGAGCAGUUCGUGCUUGGUCGUCCUGCAUUGAACAUCAUUGCCUGUGAGGGCCCGGACUUGGUGGAACGCCCAGAGAAGUAUAGGCAGUGGCAGGUGAGAAACCAACGGGCAGGGCUGAGGCAGCUGCCUUUGAAAUCAAGAAUUGUAGAGGUAGUGAAAGAUACAGUCCGGAAGCACCACCACAAGGACUUUUUGAUCUGUGAGGAUGGCCAAUGGCUUCUACAAGGGUGGAUGGGGCGUGUCCUCUUUGCACACUCGACAUGGGUAGCCCAAGACACCUCUUCUCAAUGACACUUUAGUUUUCAUGAUGCUGAAAGAUAUACAGCAUGGUGUUCAUCAGCAGCUCCCUAUGUUGAUGAUUCUGUGUUGUUGUAGUAUAUGUAUUCAGGUAUUAUGGGGUUAUAGCUAAUAAGUGUCAGUUCAAUCUGUUACUCCGUGUCUCCUCCU